AUGGCUAACAACGGACUUCAGGGACCGGGGCUUUUCACGCCUGGCGGUUCGGGAGAAGGCAACUUCAAGGACCCACGCGUUUUCUCGGAAUUCGACAAAAAUCGUCAAGUCGAUGCUGAGCUGCUUGUUCCCUCCCCAGAUCAAAUUUCCAAAGGCGAGACCAUCCCAUGCAUAACCGUGUUCAAGGUCUCGAAACCCGACCCUGAACACUGGCGAGCCGACGAAAGCUUUGUCUUCCUUACCAUUGACCAUCCAGAGGAAAAGAGCAAUUGGGAUCUCGUAACGAGCCAUCAGCAACCCAGCGAAAGGAGAUUUCGCGUCCGUUUCCUCCCUGACGACCCAAAAAACAUGUAUUUCCUUGUCGACGACAUCCAGUUCCCCGCCGCCGCCGCCCACAAGUUCAACUUGAUGUUCAGGGUGGUGGUGCGCCCUCAGUAUAUCCUGUCACAUAAUCCCCACACGAAUGAAAUUGAGCAGGACCCAGUCAUACUGCCCGAUGAGCUGUGGGACGGCGGAAAGCCGGACGGUCCGCAGAGGCACACAAGUACCCUCAAGAUGAGCGACAUCACCACAUCUCGAUGGCACCACCCCCACAGUGACCACAUAAAUCACGAACUCCGGAAACGCUUCCCUCAACCCAUGAUACGAAGCCUAGAUGGCCGCCCCGUCGCUGCUAGACUCAUCGUCUCACCCCAGCCUAAAGCCGUCUCCGGUGGGCUGAUCGAGUAUGCUGCUGUUAUUGCCGUCAACCCACGACCAAACCCGGCGCUCUAG